GGUUAGAAAAGAGAAGAAACUUCGAGAUCAAGAGAUAUCUUCGGGGAGACAAGACACUUCAGAAGAAUUGAUGUCCUCUCAUCCACCUUCUACCAAUAAUGACGUGAGCCAGCUUCCAGCUGAAGAUUCUAAUCCUGAAGCUGAAAAAACUAGUAGGAAGAAAAAAUUACAAUGGUAUUACUAUAGUGAGGAAUACGAAAAAAAGGCCAAAACCAUUAGUUUGGAAAACAAUAUUAGCAAUCAAAUGGCAAGAACACAAAUUUACGAUGAGAUGGUGCCAUAUCUACCUGGUAUUAAGAGAGA